AUGACCUACAAAGCCACCAAGAGCGAUCUUCAGAAGAAGCUUGCUUCCUACGGAGAGACACCACCCACGGGGUGGACCAAGAUCCAGCUGACAUCUCGAUUGAACGAGCUCAUGGAAGACCAGGAGCACAUCAUGACGGAGCGCGAGGCAGCCAAGUUGGUGAACAAGUGCAAGACCAAGCAGGCUGUAAUGGAGAUGCUCGAGGAGUACGCGCUGGACUACGACAAGAAGCAGAACUCGGACCAACUCCGAAGCAAGAUGCUGCGCCACCUGAUGGAGAAUCUGGUGCCUUCCACAGAAGCGAAUUUCAUGGGCUUUGGGAAGCACUCCCAGGCCACGUACGGACAGGUGCUGGCGACUCUGCCGAGUUACAGCGAGUGGUGCAUCAAGACCGAGUCGGAGGAGCCAGAGUGCCACUGGCGUCUGAGGAGGUAUGCACGAUGGGCCAAGAAUCUCAGUGCCACUCAGAAGCAACAGGUGACAAGAGGACUGGAGGCGGUCGAAAGACCGUCCAGUUCCAGUUACCAGAGGACCAGGAUGGGGACCCCAUCGACAGGGUCCACAGCGGAGUGGGAGAUGACGGGCGACAUGGAGAUGAUCCCGGUCGAGACCUCGACCCAGGACGAGCGGAUCGGGGAGUUGGAGCAGGAGGUGAAGGAGUUGAAGGAGCUCCUCAAGAUGUCGCUGAAGAUUCAAGCGGAGAAGGAGGAGAGCAGCGGCUGGCAUCUUGCAAGCACAGAUGGCUCGCUGAUUCAAACAAUGUCUCUGUCAUGUGAUGGGAAACAUGCUAAGGGUCGUGGAGUAGGAUGGAAUCAGUGGAAGGGUUUUGGAAAAACGAAGGAGUUCUGUAGAAGGGUUGCGAGAUAUGUUGAACGACUUGAUACUUGGUUUCAGGUUGCUCGUUCUGUUCAAGAGACACCAGAGGCAUGUUUCGCAGCGGAUCAGGCAUCAGGGGCGGAGCUCAGUCCUGAUGACCCCGAGGGACUUCAAGACAUUCCGUCGGCUGAGCGGAAGCGCAUUUUCCAGAACAUCCGCAGGAUUCACACGGCCACAGGAGAUCUGGUCUAUGUGUGGAGGCGGAUGACACCGCGACAGGAGGAAAAUGUUUUCUGGAGUCAGGAAGAGAGGAACGCCGUGGAAAUCUCUGAGCGCCACCUCUCAGAGGCUGAGCUGGAAGGGUUCAGAGGAACAAGCCCUGAAGAUGCGUUGGAUAUUGACGUGGCCAGAGCUGUGGUUCUAGGAUACAUGGAUCCCCUCUACGAGCACAGACCUACGAGUAGUCCUACCAUGAGCCGCACGACACGUCAGAUGUUCCUGCAGAACUGUGCGAAUCAUGACUUCCGGGUUGAGAAGGGAGAUAUCAGUGGCGCUUUUCUCCAAGGCGAUGAUUUUGGUCCCGAGAGACCUAUGGUCUGUGAGCCACUACCGGAGAUCUGCGAUGCGCUAGGAGUGCCGCGAGGACAACACAUGCUCCUGACCAAGGCAGCAUAUGGUUUGGUGGAGGAUACGAACUGGUCUCAGCUCAGGAGUGUUUUGGGAGCUUUGUCUUGGCAUGCCAAUCAAGUGGCCCCAUUGUGGAGCACCGCGGUGAGUAUGCUGUUAUCCCGAAUACAUACUGGAACGGGACAAGAGAUCGUUGACACCAACAAGUUGCUUCGCAAGGCGAAGCUCUCUCAGCAUCAGAAGAUGUACAUACACAAACAAUCACCUGACCAGAUGCUUUUGGCUGCUUGGGUUGAUGCGGCUGAUGGAAGCCGACCAGAUGGCAGCUCCACCAAGGGCGUGUUCAUUGGAUGGACACAUCAGCGUCUUCUACAAGGGGACUUGGCAAAGAUUAGUCCUAUGUUCUGGCAGUCGGCUAAGAUUCAGAGGACCUGCAAAAGUUCUGGGGCUGCAGAAACUCGUGCUGCAGCAGACGCUGAAGAUGAGUUGUAUGCCGUUCGGUUUCAAGCUUAUGAGUUUUCAGGCCAUUGGAUCAGGCAGCGCACGCCGCCGAGGAGAUUCUCCCGGCUAGCACCGAAUAUGCCCCGGACGACCGGGUCGCCGUCGACGACGGCGGAAGUUGGUGAAAGCCUCAGUCCAGUUCGGAAAGUUGGCAUGCUGUGGUCGAUGGACAAACUUGCUAUCGACAUGACCUACGAGGUGACGGGCAAAGACCGGCGAGAGGAGCGAGUGAGCCGCGCUCGCAUAGUGAAGGCUGGCCGUGCGCCUCAGCAACAAAGUACGUUUGUGGAGGGGAGCGUUGUGCGAAUCGAAGAGGACCUGGCGCGAGCGAAGGAGACCCCGAGAACCCGACUUGGAGGCUUCAGGAUUUGUAUUGAUUAA